AUGGCAAAUAUUGAAGAACAAUCAGCAGUUGUUCAUUUCGAUGAUGAUGCGGACUUGAAUGACUCGGACUUUAAUGAUUCGGACAACGAUGUGUAUGAUGAUGAUGACAUACUGUUCGAUCAUAACGUGACCAAAGGUAUCGAACUGGAUAUGCCUCUUACAAUAGAGGAUGGACAAGCUCCCGAAUCAGAUAGUUCUUCACAUGUAUCUUCAGAGGAGUUAAACAUCAGAAGUGAUUCGGAGUCGGAUGAGAACAGUAGUCGGCAAAAAUUUCCUGAAUAUUAUGUUGAAAAUGAAAAUGGGAAGAAGAAGAAUCCACAUCUUGAGGUUGGAUUGCUGUUUUCUUCAUUUGAGGAGUUGAAAUCUGUUUUGAAGGAUUACGCGGUGUUCAACGGGGUUGAACCUAUUUUGAAGAGAAAUGAUAAAGACCGGGUUCAUUGCGUAUGUAAAGAUGGAUGCACUUGGAGGUUGUGGGCGUCUAAGCUCCAAGGUGAAAAAACGGUUCAGAUUAAAACAUACGUUCCCAAACACACAUGUUUCAGAGUUCGGACGAAUAAGAAUGCAACAUUUAAAUGGCUAGUAGAGUACUAUCUAGAUGACUUUAGAGCUGAUCCGGAAUGGAAGAUCAAACAUUUCAGGAGUACCGUGAGAAACGAUUUUGGUUUGCACAUUACCAAGGUAGUAUCUUGGAAUACGAGAAAAUAUGCCAAGGUUUUAGUAGAAGGGAGUGAUGAAGAACAAUUUGCAUUGUUACACUGCUAUGGUGCUGAAUUGAGAAGAACAAAUCCGGGUUCAACAGUGAUAGUUUCUCAGCCAAUUGCGUAUGCAGUCAUUCAGAAAGAGAACACUAGUUCCUGGCGUUGGUUUCUAAUGUUGUUGUCUGAAGACCUUUCUAUGGAGAACUGGUCGUCUGUCACCCUCAUGAGUGAUAGACAAAAGGGUUUAAGGAAUGUUGUUGCCGAUUUAUUUCCAACAGCAGAACAUAGGUUUUGUGUUCGGCAUAUGUAUCAAAUUUUUUUCCGAAAGGACUUCAAGGGAAAGCAUUUAAAAGACUGUUUGUGA